UGAAACAGGCACCGCCAUACCACGUGACCGAAAGCCCAGGCCACGACAACAUCUCCUCCUGGCUGGCUUCAAUCUCCUGCUGAGGCUGGUUUCUCCCAUCAGACAACAACAAGCUAAUCGUAUCCCCAUUCCCAUUCCACCCCAAUACCACAUUUUCUUCCUUUUUCUCUCUUCUCCUAUUUCCUGCUUUUCCUUCUUCUUGGUUUUGGUCGCGUCUUUGCUAUUUCCUUUACCUGCGACUCUGCUCUUUUGCGCAAGGCGUUUUUUGUUGGGUGCAUGAGGUCGUCAUCCUCCGGCGCUCGCAACCAUGGCCAAUCCAGCAGAUAUUCCAAUCAAGCUCACUGAGCUUUUACAGUUGAAAUCCAUUGGCAUUUCGGAGAACGCUAUUUUCCCUAGUACAUGUACCGUCGAAUCCGACCGCUUUGUCUGCGUACGACAGAAUGUCGGUGGACAACAGCAGAUCGUUGUUGUCAAUCCGAAAAGUCCAGAUGAAGUCUUCCGUCGUUCCAUCCCCGGCGAGAGUGCUAUUAUGCACUGGAAUAAACACAUUCUCGCCGUUAGGUCGGAAGAUGGAAACCUCCGAAUUAUAAAUCUCCAGACCGAACAGAUACUCAAGGAUGUUAGAUUCAGGGUUAAGAUAUUGUACUGGAAAUGGAUUAACGAACGGUCUCUUGCCCUAGUGACGGCUACUCAUGCCUACCACUGGGACGUUUUCGGUGAAAAAACUCAGCCUGUCGAGGUUUCUAAGUAUAAGGACAGAAUAGAUGAGGAGAACUGGAAAAUAUUCAACUACCAAACUACAGAUGAUGAGCAAUGGACGGCAACUAUUGCCGUUCAAGCCCAAGACAACACCAAGCCCGCUCUGGGGAAGAUCAUACUCCAUUCCCGAGCACGUUCCGAAUCGCAGAUAAUUGAGGGACACGCAGCUGCCUUUGGCAAAAUCCGCGUCGCUGGAAACCCCGCCGAGACAAAGAUUUUUACGUUUGCCGUUCGAACUGCAACCGCUGCUAAAAUACACAUUGUGGAAAUUGACAACGAGAACCCUACCAAGAAAUUUCCCAAGAAGGCUGAACAGCUUUUUUUCCCGCCGGAGGCCAUAACAGAUUUUCCUUCUUCCAUUCAACUUUCUAAAAAGUACGAUAUCGCUUACAUCGUGACGAUGUUCGGCUUCAUUCAUCUCUACGACUUAGAAAGUGGUAGCUGUCUGUUUUUGAACAGAAUUUCUUCUAGAUCUAUAUUCGCCACGGCCCCAGAUUCGGAAUCGGCGGGUCUUCUUGGUGUCAACCGCGAUGGCCAGGUGCUUGCCGUCAGCGUCGACGAGGACAAGGUAAUCCCGUACAUUCUGCAAAAGCUAAACAACGAAGGACUUGCAGUCAGGCUCGCGUCGAAGGGAGGACUUCCAGGAGCGGAUGACUUCCUUAAGAGAGAGUUCGACUCUAUGGUCGCGCGAGGAGAUUAUGUCCAAGCUGCCAAGAUCGCUGCCAACUCUCCUCGCGGAUUCCUUCGUACGCCUGCGACCAUCAACCUCCUCAAGAAUGCUCCGCAGCCCGCGACAGGUAUGUCGGUUAUCUUGCAAUACUUCGGAAUGCUUCUCGAUCAAGGCGGCAUGAACCAAUAUGAGAGUGUGGAGCUUGUGAGACCUGUGCUGCAGCAAGGCCGAAAACAUCUAUUGGAGAAAUGGAUGUCUGAAGACAAGCUUGGGUGUUCUGAGGAGCUGGGUGAUAUGGUCCGCCCACAUGAUAUGAAUCUUGCUCUCAACAUCUACUUGAAAGCCAAUGUCCCACACAAGGUGGUGGCCGGGUUUGCCGAAACUGGCCAGUUUGACAAAAUUUUGGCCUUCUCGAAGCAAGUCGGAUACCAGCCAGACUACAUUCAACUCCUCCAGCAUAUUGUGCGCGUCAACCCUGAGAAGUGUGCGGAAUUCGCUGCGCAGCUUGCCAGCGAUGAAAAUGGCGCUCUUGUGGAUCUUGACCGUGUUGUUGAUGUCUUCAUUUCUCAGAAUAUGGUUCAACAAGCGACUGCUUUCUUGCUCGAUGCACUCAAAGAUAACAAACCCGAACAUGCAAACCUCCAGACGAGAUUGCUUGAGAUGAACCUUGUCAACGCCCCGCAGGUCGCAGAUGCAAUCCUUGGCAACGAGAUGUUUACAUACUACGAUAAAGCCAGAGUAUCGCAACUCUGUGAAAAUGCGCAGCUCUAUCAACGUGCUUUGGAGAACACUGACGAUCCUGCUGUUAUCAUGCGAAAUAUUGUCCGCACCGACAAGUUGAACCCUGAAUGGUUAAUAAAUUAUUUCGGGCGCUUGUCAGUCGAGCAGUGUUUGGAGUGCAUGAACGAGAUGCUCAAAGCCAACCUCCGCCAAAAUUUGUCGGCUGUUGUUCAGAUUGCCACUAAGUUUUCGGAUCUCCUGGGGCCGACUAACUUGAUCAAUCUCUUGGAGAAGUACCGAACUGCAGAAGGCCUUUACUAUUACCUUGGCAGCAUUGUGAACCUAAGCGAAGAUCCAGAUGUUCAUUUCAAAUAUAUCGAAGCAGCGACGACGAUGAACCAGCUGACCGAGGUAGAGCGCAUAUGUCGGGAAAGCAAUUAUUACAACCCAGAGAAAGUUAAGAAUUUCUUGAAGGAGGCUCGCUUAACGGAGCAACUGCCUUUGAUCAUUGUCUGUGACCGGUUCAAUUUCAUUCAUGAUCUUGUUCUAUAUCUUUACCAGAGCCAGCAGUAUCGGUCCAUCGAGGUCUACGUUCAACGAGUGAACCCGUCUAGAACUCCAGCUGUGGUUGGCGGACUGUUGGAUGUUGAUUGCGAAGAGAGCAUCAUCAAGAACCUUCUGUCUACUGUUGACGCAGCGUCAAUCCCUAUAGAUGACCUUGUCUCUGAGGUCGAGUCCCGGAAUCGCCUUAAAAUCCUUCUCCCAUUCCUGGAGAAUACGCUUGCCACCGGGAACCAGCAACAAGCAGUUUACAACGCCCUUGCUAAGAUUUAUAUCGAUAGCAAUAACAACCCAGAAAAAUUCUUGAAGGAGAACGAUCUCUACGAUACCCUUACUGUUGGAAAGUACUGCGAGAAGCGCGACCCCAAUCUUGCUUAUAUUGCUUAUCGCAAGGGGCAGAAUGAUCUUGAGCUCAUCAAUAUCACUAACGAGAACUCUAUGUACCGCGCUCAAGCUCGAUACCUUCUGGAACGUGCUGAUCCCGAAAUAUGGGCUUUUGUUCUCAAUGCCAAUAACGUCCACCGCCGAGCGUUAGUAGAUCAAGUUAUUGCCACUGCUGUGCCUGAGUCUGCGGAACCAGAUAAAGUGUCUGUCGCCGUCAAGGCCUUCCUUGAUGCAGACUUACCUGGCGAACUCAUCGAACUUUUGGAGAAGAUUAUCUUGGAACCGUCGCCUUUCAGUGAUAAUAGCAGCUUGCAAAACCUGAUGAUGCUUACCGCUGCCAAGGCUGAUAAAGGUCGCCUGAUGGAUUACAUCCAUAAACUUUCCGAGUUCAACGCGGAUGAAAUUGCAACGAUGUGUAUUUCUGUGGGUCUCUACGAGGAGGCUUUCGAAAUAUACAAGAAGGUUGACAACCAUCUGGCUGCCACCAAUGUACUUGUCGAUUCCAUUGUUAGCAUCGACCGUGCACAAGAAUAUGCGGAGCGUGUUGAACUUCCCGAAGUUUGGAGCAAGGUUGCCAAGGCUCAGCUGGAUGGCCUCCGUGUCUCUGACUCCAUUGCUUCGUAUAUACGAGCUGGUGACCCGUCGAAUUACAAUGAGGUAAUCGAAACCGCCACUCAUGCUGGGAAGGACGAGGACCUUGUCGAGUUCCUUAAAAUGGCUCGGAAAACGUUACGGGAGCCCGCCGUUGAUACUGCCUUGGCUUUCUGCUAUGCUAGGCUAGAUCAACUGAGUGAGCUUGAGGACUUCUUGCGAGGUAUUAACGUCGCAGAUGUCGAGGCGUCUGGUGAUAAGGCUUAUGAGGAAGGCUUUCAUGAAGCUGCAAAGAUCUUCUACACAAGCAUCUCCAACUGGGCGAAACUUGCCACAACUCUUGUCCACCUGGAAGAGUACCAGGCCGCUGUUGAGUGUGCUCGGAAAGCCAACAACAUCAAAGUAUGGAAGCAAGUCAACGAGGCGUGCGUUUCUAAGAAGGAAUUCCGCCUUGCUCAAAUUUGCGGUCUCAAUCUCAUUGUACACGCUGAAGAAUUGCAGGAUCUAGUUCACCAGUAUGAGCGUAAUGGCUAUUUCGAUGAGCUCAUUGCUGUUCUGGAAGCUGGUCUUGGUCUGGAGAGAGCCCACAUGGGUAUGUUUACGGAGUUGGGUAUUGCUCUCUCUAAAUAUCAUCCGGACAAAGUUAUGGAGCACUUGAAGCUCUUCUGGACCAGAAUCAACAUUCCCAAGAUGAUCCGAGCCUCUGAGGAGGCAAACCUAUGGCCGGAGCUGGUGUUCUUGUACUGCCACUAUGACGAAUGGGAUAAUGCCGCCCUAGCAAUGAUGGAGAGAGCCGCUGACUCUUGGGAGCACCAUUCUUUCAAAGACAUCAUCGUCAAGGUUGCUAACCUCGAAAUCUACUACCGCGCGUUGAACUUCUACCUUCAGGAGCAGCCCCUACUACUGACUGACUUGCUCCAAGCCCUCACUCCACGGAUCGAUGUCAACCGUGUCGUUCGCAUGUUUGAGAAAUCUGAUAACAUUCCUCUCAUCAAACCGUUCUUGCUUAACGUACAACCGCAGAAUAAGAAGGCCGUCAAUAAUGCUAUUAAUGAUCUAUUGAUAGAAGAGGAAGAUUACAAGACCUUGCGAGAUUCGGUGGAGAACUAUGAUAACUACGAUCCCGUGGAGCUAGCGCAGAGACUUGAAAAGCAUGACCUUGUCUUCUUCAGACAAAUUGCCGCCAGCAUCUACCGCAAGAACAAGAGAUGGGAGAAAUCGAUUUCUCUUUCGAAACAAGACAAACUCUUCAAAGAUGCAAUCGAGACUGCUGCUAUCUCCGGAAAGACUGAAGUUGUGGAGGAGCUGCUACGAUACUUUGUUGAUAUCGGUAGCCGAGAAUGCUACGUCGGCAUGCUUUACGCCUGCUAUGACCUCAUCCGACCAGACGUAGUCAUGGAAAUCUCUUGGCGCCACGGCCUGACCGACUUUUCCAUGCCCUACAUGAUCAACCUCCUCAGCCAACAAGUGCGCACCGUCGAGUUGCUCAAGAAGGACAACGAAGAACGCAAGGCCCGCGAAGCUUCCCAGCAAAAAGAAGAAGACAACACUCCAGUCCUAGGCGGAUCGCGACUUAUGCUCACCCAAGGCCCCGCGGCGGCACCUCCAUCUACUAGUCCGGUUCCGUUUGGCCAUACGAACGGCAUCACGCCACAACCCACUGGAUUCCGGCCUUUUUGAUUUGACUUGGAAAAAAAAAAAAAAAAGUUGUGUAACUAGCUAACACUUUUGAAUUUUUUGUAAAGAAACAUACACGCAAAAAAAAGGGUAGAAUGGGUGCCGGGAUGUUGCUCUGUUUCUUGACCUUUUCCAUGAAACGGCAACUGUUUUUUUCCUUGUUAUUCCCAGGGACGAUAGGGAUUAUGGUGGUUGCGUGGAGGGGGCAUUCCUUUCUCAUGUAGCCCUUAAACCUAUUUCUGCUCUGCUUUGAUCUUAUGUUUUUUUUUUUUUUUUUUUUUUUUUUUUUUUUUUUUUUUUAGUCCUGUCUUCUUCAGUUUCUCUAUUUCAUUCUCAUUUCCUUUUUUGUUCCAUUCCUCCCUCCUCUGGCUGUAUUCCUUUUCACCUUUAUUUUCACACCACUUUUCCCCACCUCAUUCAGUUCUUUUUCAUCAAUUACUUCUUUUAAAAACUAAAUGUAUUUGAACUAUCUUUUUCUUCUUUACUUAUCUCUAAUGCUCCUCGCGUUCUCUAUGAGUGACCUUUUGAUAUUUGGUGGCCAUUCCUGCCCUUCCCGGGCUUUACAACAGAAAAUUCGGCUCCAAAUUCCUCAUCAUGGAUCGGAUUUCGAACUGGCUCAAAAAGUAGAAAGCCCUUCUCUAAGUGUGGUUUGGCAUUUGGAACCAUUUAUACAACCUCGUCUCUCUCUGUCUCAUUCUGGUGUCUUCGUGGGAGUCGAGCAUUGUUUUUUGAAGUAUUUUCCUGGCCUUCUCCAAGAUCGCUGUCACCAAUCGAAUCCUCCCUACUAUGCAAUACAUUCUAACUUCCGAUUGACGCUUCCUCACUCUAAGGCUCCAUCUUCGAGUCCCGUAACGAGAUUUUUUCCGGCAUGGAUACCAGCUAAUAAUAACAAAGAGAGUCCUCUUAAUAGCUAUCUAUGUAUUAUGACUGACUCUACGAGCGAGUUCUUUCAUUCCUUAUAUGUGCACUCUUCUACUCUGAUGAUUUCCUCCAAGUUCCAACAAGAAGCACUCUCAUUCCCUCCGAUUUUCACUUCCUCUUUGUUUGUUUAUCUGCUAUUUACUCUUUAGUUAUAAAAAAGGAGAUGUGAUCCUCCUCAGCUCUAGUUCUUGGGAACAUCACCACCAUCAUCACUCCAGACGUGAAUCCAUCGUUGGUCAGAAAGUCUAUACUACUACUACUACUACUACUACUACUACUACUACUACUACUACUACUACUAUCCGGAAGUUCGAUUCCAUACUCCGUAGAUAGCUUGCUAAUUGCCAAUAGAACAACAACUCAGACGUCCAACAGUUCAAUUCAACUUGCAAGGUUAUUUGAACUGGACUAGUACCAAUCAACUUUAUCGUAAGUUACCCUCCGGCUUCGGCACAACAGGAACAGAAACGUCAUGGAUAUCACAGUAGCAAGUUUUCAGUAGUAGUGCAAUAGUGUAUACCGUUUAACAUCUCGGCUGUCUAGCAAGAACGCUUGAGUGUCAAAUGCUGUGCAAAGCUUAGAUAACCAAGGUGACUGUGCUAAUGAAUUGUGUUAUCCCCAUUCGUUUCAGAGCCGGGAAUUGUCUGAGAAAUGGAGAGAUUGGCCAAGGCGCUCGAGCAGUCUUGUUCCGGUCAGGGGUUAUUCGCAAAACUCAUAUCUUCCAAAAGUUCUUGCUAAAUAAUCUCAGCUCACAAGCACACAAAGGUAAGUUAUAUAUCAAUGUUGCUCAACUGAGAUCAGUAUUCUAUUGAUGCUUCAAGUAUUCAAAUCAUUUUUUUGUUUGUAUAUAAACUAAGAACUGAAUUUUCUGGCUUCUACGAAUAAAU